UGCAUAGGAAUAUCUAAAUAUGUGUAUAGGGCCUCUCAGUGUCCCUUUAAACAAAAGGUAAUUUUCUGAUGAAACAUUCCCUUUAAAAAUCUUCUUCAACUACAUCACCCAUGAACUCCUUUAAAGCUCCACUGCUUAUCUCUCUAUAGCUUUAUAUUCAUCAAUGUUGUUCUUCUGGUGCUUAAGGUUACUACCAUAGAGGACUCUUGGGAAAAACCUUUGUCAGAUUUUGCUCUGAAAAAAAAGUUGAAUUCCGGUGCUAUUUCAUCACUUUUUGAAGGAACAUGGAAAGAUAGGAAGAACAGGGUCCUCAUACAGUCCAUUUAUAAAGUAUUAUUUAAGCAACAACAGUACAUGAAGGGAAUUGAGAUUUUGAAGAGGCUGAACCACAGGAACAUCAUUACUCUGUAUGCCUUGUGCACUUCUGAGAACCCAAUCUACAUUGUCACAGAGUUUUUGGCAAAAGGAGACCUCCAAAGUUUCCUCCAAGGGGAAGAAGGACCUUUUCUAACUGACCCUCAACUCAUGCACAUUGCCAGUCAGUUGGUGGAUGGUUUGGCAUACUUGGAAGUUAAACAUGUGGCACACUGUUCUCUUGCUUGUUGCCAUGUCAUUGUUGGAAACAAUCUGAUUUGCAAGAUUUCUCAUUUUCAAAACGCCAGAAUGGUUAAGAAUUCAGAAACUUGUAUAAUAAUUCAUGGCCUAACACAAUUGAAAUGGAUGCCUCCAGAAUAUUUUUAUUAUGGGGAACUAUCAACAAAAACAUGUGUGUGGUCAUUUGGGAUUCUUCUGUAUGAAAUCUUUACCCUGGGACAAAGGCCCUAUACAGGUCUAAAAAUUCCAGAUGUGCUCAAAAAGUUGGAAGCUGGAUAUCGACUGCCCAUGCCUCCCCUGUGCAGUUCUAAUGUUUAUAGUUUGAUGCUUAAAUGCUGGGACAUAAAGCCUAGUAAGAGACCCUCUUUCCAAAAGAUCAUGGAAAUGAAAAUAUUUCAACAUUUAGCAUUAAAAUAAAUCAUAUUAGUUGUGGCACAUAUAGAAUAGCCUUGACCAUCAUGUUGUCCUGAUUAGGAAGAAUAAUCAUAUAGUCACUAGGGAAAACAGAGUAGCGUUAAAGAAGUAGUCCAUGGCAAGAAAAAAAAGGUAUUGUUUCCAGAAAUAGCACAACUUGUGUCCAAGAGCAAUGUUGGGUACUGCCUUCAUUAGAAUGGAGCUGAAUACAAUACCAAACACAGCCCAUGGACCAGAUUAGCACUUUUCCUGGCAAAAGGCAGCCAUUUUUUAUUUUCUUCAUGCAUGGCACACUUAAAAGGGUUUUCCAAGAUUUUAUAACUAAUGAUCUAUUCUCUAGGAAAAAAAGAACAUGUCACUGACCUAGAAAAAGCUGUGAGAAGGCCGCAUCACUCACAGGAGAGCUGGUGCCUUCUCAAGCAGCUGAUUAGUGGGGGUCCCAGGUGUCGGACCCCCACUGGUCAGAUACUGUUGACCUAUUCAGAGGAUAGGUCAUCAGUUAUAAAGUCUCGGAAAAUCCCUUUAAGGUAACAUAUCCUAUGGGACAAUUGUGUAUUUUCCAUAGCCAAGGGCUACCUCAGCUUCAAAGUUGUAUGAGGAAUACAUUAUAUGUAACAGAAUAUGACACUAUACUGAAGACUAGAUUGACCAAAGUAAAAUUUGAAUUAACAGACUCUUUGCAGACCAUUUUUGGAAGAGAGUACAUACAAACCAUAAAUAUGAUGAUUUAAGAAUGUCCAGUCAUCUACACAUUUCCCCGAUUUCUCUGUAUUAAAAUGUUGAUUGAUCAAUGAACACUAUCAAUACUAUCUUUAAAGCUGUUGUGCCACGAAAAGCAUUCUACAUUUCUCAAGCCAGCACCUGGAUCUGAA